ACCUCUAGCUGGAAUCGUAAUUACAGAAUGCUUCAGUUAGCUAGCGUCGUUAGCAAACAACAGUGUUCUGUCUUUACAUUGCGGAGAUUGUUGCUGGAAGACCCUGGCUAUUUAAAUCAGCGGAUACUCAAUUAGUACUGUACAUGGAUCCAUGGAACGGUUGUCCUAAUGUUCUGUCGUAGGUGACAACUGCCUUGUCUUGAUUUUAUGGAUAACAGCCGGCGUCAAGUGGACAACAUUAGCCUCUUUUUCUGUGGCUAAAUUAGCUAACUGUAGCCCAUUAGCUACCGUGACCAACGUGUGUUAACGUUCGCAGGAGACCAGUCUAACUUGGAGGAAGGAAGGAAGGAAACAAACCGAUAAGUCGGAUCACCGCUGCUUAUGCAAAGCUAGCGCAGUUUUUGGGCUCCCGAGUUCACACCGUGACGCAUUUAGAAAAGGUGACUAUCUGUGCACCCUGUGUGACAUUUCACACUAUUUGGUUAAUAAGAUAUGCUGUUAGUUGGCGUAGCUAACUGUCAACAACAGUCCUCCCGGCUAGCUGUACAGGGGGAAAGAGCUAACACGCUAGCCACAAACUCUUAAAGGAGUUGUAUAAGUUAGAUUUAGCCAUCUGACUAAUUUAGAUAACUUGCAAACGGCCUUUUCAGACGUUUCACAGAGCGGACUCUUCACUCUGAUCCGCUUUGGCGACAAGAAAAACAUAUGGCAUCGGAUGUGAUUGAGAGUGAAGCGGUGUUGAAGGGUGUAAGUGAUAUGAAUUUGAACAAUAGCAGCCCAGAUUUUGUCACACCCAGGAAGAGUCAUGAGGAGCUGGGGAACGGACAGACUUCCAGUCCCUCGUCUUCUGGGGUGUCUGGAGAAGGUGACGAGGAAGAAUUGGAGGAAUUACAAAAUAGCACAGCUCCUAUGGUUGGAAAUGGCGAAGAGGCACUUCAAGAAAGUCUAACCAAAACAAGUGGUACGCCACAGGAAAGAACAACUCCAGACAAUGAGCAGAAACAGCCGGGAGCAAGGAGCUCUACCCCAGUGAACCUUCCCCAGCCACGCUCACCAUCUGGACCCACUGGAAGCCUGGAGCGCCAAGAGUCAGUCGCCACAACAGAAGCCCGCCUAAGAAUGGAAGGAGUUGAACUUAAGGAAGAGUGGCAGGAUGAGGACUUUCCACGGCCCCUACCAGAGGAGGAGGAGCUUGAAGAUGAGCUUUUUGCUGGGACCUCUGAAGACAGAGACCCCGGCUAUGUAAUGGACCAUGGCAAGAAGGCAAAGAAAAAGCUUGCAGCUCCGGACAUCAGUCUGACACUUGAUCGCAGUGAAGGUUCUCUUCUCUCUGAUGAGCUGGAUGACAGUACAGAGCUGGACCUUGAUGACAUUGAUACACCCUCAGACAACAGCAAUGAGUUUGAAUGGGAAGACGACCUCCCUAAGCCGAAAACCACAGAACUACUACAGAAAGGUGUGGAGUCAGUUCAGGAGUACUCAGCCUUGGAGGAGAGGGAGGAGGGUCGACGCUGGAGGGUGUUUCGUAUCGGAGACCAGGAACACAGAGUGGACAUGAAGGCCAUUGAACCUUACAAGAGGGUUAUCAGCCAUGGAGGUUACUAUGGAGAUGGCUUGAAUGCCAUAAUUGUGUUUGCUGUGUGCUUUAUGCCUGAGAGCAAUCAACCAAAUUACAGAUACAUCAUGGACAAUUUAUUCAAGUAUGUCAUCGGCACACUGGAGCUUUUGGUUGCUGAGAACUAUAUGAUAGUGUAUUUGAAUGGGGCAACGUCUAGGAAAAAGAUGCCGACUGUCGGCUGGCUCAGAAAGUGUUAUCAGCAGAUCGAUAGGAGGUUAAGGAAGAACUUGAAGUCUUUGAUAAUUGUUCAUCCCUCUUGGUUUAUUCGCACCCUGCUGGCACUCACAAAACCUUUCAUAAGCUCCAAAUUUAGCCAGAAAAUCAAGUAUGUGUACAGCUUGGCAGACCUUGCAGAGCUCGUUCCAAUGGAGUAUGUGUCCAUACCAGAUUGUAUCAAACAGUUUGACGACGAAAAAAAUAGGAAAAACCGUAAAAGGAUCGACCAGGACAUGCAUGGCAAAGUGGAGAUCGCAGCUGCCGCUGUUCCAGAGUGACCCUGCUCACACUUUAAGAUGUGGAGGGGGAGAACGAUGAAGAAUGUUCAGAACUGCAGCCACUCUUAUGUUUAUGUUCUGGGUGACGCGACUGGAGACUUUAGAUCUUUGCAUCAGGAAAGUGCCUUUUUGAAACUAUGCUGCCUGUUACAUUGUGGAACUUUUUGCUGUAUUUCUGUGUCAAGCAGCUUGAUCUUCAGCAUUUUUUCCACAUGCUGUCUGAAAUGUUUUUAAUCCUUUUUAUUUACUGCCAAUAUAUCAUGUCAAACUUAGUUUAUUGAUGUUCCCUAGUUACUGUUGUAUCUACACUUUAUUUAAGGCACUCUGUUACAAAUGGUUGAUGCAUGCUCUGCUUUAUUACAUUUAAAUAUAUAUUUAUAUUCAAAAGGUGACAAAGGAGAGAAAUUAAUAUAUUUUUAUGGUUGCUCUGAUUUUAAACUACAUUUUAGGUCUCUGACCCACCCACUGAGUGGCAUUUCAUAGGACAAGAUUUGACAGCACCUUUUUCACUGUUCACUGCUGACGUUCUCUGUUAAAAUCCUGCCUGGGGAAAAUAAAGUUUUAUUUUUUGCCCCUCACUUGAAUGUGCCCUCUAACUUGUAGAGGGAGAACAUUUGUGAGAACAACAGUCUCAAGCAAAGAUGUAGGUCAUAACAUAACACUAUUUCCUCCAAAUCAAGUCACGGGCCCUGUUCUUCAAAUGUGGCUUAACUAAUUCAGGCUAACUGGCUGAAAUAAUUCUGUUUAUUCUCAUCCAGCUAAUUUGGUUCUUUGAACACAAUUUAAGAAUUGAUUUAUUUAUCCUGGAUGAAGUUAUCUUAAAUCACAGUGCACUCUUAUUUUGAAAUAAAAGCAAAAUGAGCAUAGAAGUGAGACCAUGAUCUGCAUUCGUAUGAUUGGCUGAUCAUGUGAUUGCAGUUACAUGAGGUAGGUGUGGGAGUGGGGACCCUCCCAGCAUGCACUGGGGUCUUAUUUCAUGUUUGUUCCUCUGUUUUUAUAGGUGUCAUUUUGUUCUACAUUGUUCUCCACAAUGUUUUCAUCACUUCCACUCUUAAACAUUACUGGUGAACAUGGUUAGACCAUGAGCAAUGUUGGUAGCUGAUUGCUGGCAGUUCACAGUGGACAUGCAAGAGAUAAUCAUAAGCCUUCUAUUAAAAUAAAACCUUCCUGAAAUCUCAGUUUUCAGCAAAGUGAGAACUGCAGCUAGUAAUAAGUUUAAGUUUUGUGCUUUUACCAGUGGGAAUCUUUCAAUUGAGUUUACUUCUGUUUGCUCACAGUAUAUCAAACUAUGUUUUGUAUAUUUUAUCAUGUAUACAUAUGUGUACCUAUAAUGUAGGUAAGUAUUAUGAAAAUUUAGUUGUAAUUGCAGCAACAAAUCAUAAAGAUUUCUCA